GUGAGUGUCACACUGAAAAUGAAGUUUUCUUUUGUCUUGUUUCUUUUAUUAGAUAUCCCUCAUCUAAAAGGGCAGCAGAGGAUCGAGGAGUUUGAACAAUUUGUGCUGAGACUCACCUUCCCUUCGUUUUACAAUAAUUACAACAAGUCCUGCUGUAAACUCUAUCCAGGAGGAUGUUACAAGCUACUGGACAGUGCAGGGUUUACCUGUGAUUUACUGAAAGGAAGAGUAACAACAACUGAAAAGGACGGCUGGAUAGAAUUUAAAAUAUCUAAUGCUCGGUUUGUGGACGGAGGCUUUUACAGAUGCAUGGUGCUAGGAACUCAAAACCACAUCUACAGUGAUUACUAUGUCGAGGUGUCUGAGGUUUCAGGUCACGAUAGACCUUUACUGGCAACAACUGUCAAAGCCCUCAGCAGCUCCACGACCCCCCCCCACUCCACCGGGCCGGAUGUGGCGCAGGACCGCAGUGACAGUCCCAGGGUUCCCUGGAGUUUUGGCUUGCCACUUGCUGUCAUUGUGUCCAUUACAGUGAUGCUUUUGAUCACUUCAGUUAUUGGUGUGGUUUGGUGCAGGGUCAAGGCAAAACGUAAACAGACGAACAAAUAUGGAGAAACUCUGUGUGAGUCACUGAAACAAGAGGCCCCGGAAAUCAGUGGCAUUGUCUACACAACAGUGGACUUCAUAGCCCAUGAGAAACCGACAACCGAGGUGUAUGCAAACCUGAGGAUGCACAAAACACAAGUUAUAGCCCCUGACUCAACCUGGAGCGCAGAGCCUGAUUGGAUGGUGGAGUACUCCACACUGGCAAUCCACCAGUGAAUACCUGUGAAAGUUUAGUUUAGUUUCUGAUUUUGAUUGGAUUGAUUUAAUUUGUUCCACUAAUUUACUUUUUAAAAUAACUCCAUUGACACUCAUCAGGCAGGCAGAAAGGAUAAAACAUGAAUUUAGAUGCAUAACAAACUAGUAGAAUCAACAUCAUCUUCUGCUUCUUUGUUUUUAACUUUUCUGUAAUCAGCUGUGAGUUAUGUUCAGGCAAUAUUAAAGGUCCAAUGUGUAGUAUUUAGGGUGAUUUAAUGUCAAAUAUGGAAUAUGAUUUUCUUGAUAAUCUUAUCCUUUGUGUAUAAUCCCCUCAAACUAAGAGAUGUUGUGUUUUUGUCAGCUGAGAAAUAACCUUUUCAUAUCUACACAGGGAGCUGGUCCUAGGAGUCCGCUGUAACGUCUUAGGUAGCCUAAGUACUAACCGAAAACUAUUGAGACAGGGCUUUUCACAUUUGAUGUUACACCUGAAGGCCACUGCCACUCUCCAACACGCUUGGAAAUGGAGGAGUGAGCUGAGGGGUGUUUAAUUUUGAUCUUUAAGCUCACUAGAUGCCGCUAAACCCUAUAGUGUGUAGCAUGUGCUGUUUGUGAAAAAGAUGAAUGACAUAAAAAUAAAAUUAUUUUGCAUUAAAGAAAUAACAUUGUCUGGUAAAA